AUGACCAAGAGACCCGCAGCCAUCAUGCCGCCCAUGAAAGGCAAGGGCAAAUCCGCAAUGCCACGCUCCGACUCCGACUACGAGGAGCCGGUCGCUGAGCGCGAGGACCGACCUCAGCUCACUCUCAGAAUCAGAAAGGGCCCUCUCAGCAAGGCCAAGAAUGUCGACCCGAUCCGCGCGUCUGUUGGAGCCUACCAAAUGCCUCAAGAUCCUAUCUACAGCAGACUUCUCUCGUCGCCCUCCACCACCGACAUGGAUUCCCCUCGCAAGAAGCAGCGUGUCAACGCACAGUCUAACCCAGCAGGACCAGCCAGUACGCAAGACGCUGAAGAUUCCAUCAACAAGUCUCUCGAGGAUCUUGUCAGAAAAGAGAUGGAGAGACAAGAAGAUGCUCUGGACUUCUCUGAGGAUUCCGGUCUGGAAAAGCAGUCUCGUGUCUACGGCUACUAUCUCUUCAACUCUCCUGAUCAAGCACCCAAGACCCGCAAAAGAUGGAUGGAGGAGGCCAUGAAGAGAGUCGACGAGAUGUCAAUGGCAGAUAUCAAAACUAAUGGUGUCCGCCUUGCAGUCAAGGAGGCUCUGGCUCGUGCAGUCGAGGGAGAGUUGAGAAACCAGGUUACAGAGUUUUCGCUCAGUACAAAGGCUAUCAUCAAAAUGAUCAAGGAGUCGGAAUGA